UUCAGGACUGCUUCUCAGUAAUCCAGGGGCUCCUCCCAAAGGUGUCACUUGAUAGACUUUCCUAGUUGCCUGGGUAGGGAGCAGCCUACUCUACUUGGAAUAUAGGCCACUGCAUAGCAAUCUCAUCUUGCUUUCCUCGAAGAGUCAGUGUGAAAAUGAGGCAGCUUGUCAUGUGAGGUGAGUCCUUCAGGCGUCCCAGAUGAAUGCUGCUAUAUUAGGAGCAAGAACUCUUAUGCAAUGAGACGUAGCUAUACCUUUUCUUCAUGCCAUCACUUUAUAGCAAAGAGUACCCAGGAAGCUAAUGGGUUUCAAUGUAGAUUGGAAAGGAAUGAUCAUUUCUAGUGCUGAGUUCAGCUUUAAUCUCAUAGGGUCUGUAUUUCAGUACUAGCUAUUUAGGAAUGUAGUAAAAGAAUAUUAUAAUUAAGAUGAAAAAACUAAAUGGAAAUGUUUUUAUAGAAUGUGCCACAUGUUCAUGCACUGGUACACACACACACACACACACACACACACACACACACACACAGAGAGAGAGAGAGAGAGCUGUAAUCAUAGCAUGGUCUAGGCUGAGGCAGAAAGAUUGCUACUUCCAAACCAACCUGGGCUACGGCAGCGAACAUGCACGCAUGAAAAAGUCUCUUGGAAUUCACUCUGACUUAUAUCUAGCUAGAAUAAUACUAGGGUUUGAACUCGUUCCCAACUGACAAUGAACAAUCUUCAGCAAUAAUUCAGGCACAGUAGGUGCUCUAUUCUGGGCUUGAUUGACAUCCUUUACCAUACUCCAAUGGGAGGCAGAUGCUUACACAUCCCUGUCCCUACAGGAUUCUGGAUACUCUGAAUGCAACUGUGGUAUAUUCAUUUUCACAUCACUAGCAUCUAAUACUAAACUCGGGCCAUAGUCAAUGGACUAAAUGAAUGAAUGCACAGACGGAUGGAUGGAUGGAUGGAUGGAUGGAUGGAUGGAUGGAUGGAUGGAUGGAAUAUGGACAUGUCAUGACAGUGGAUUUCAGGACAAGCUAGGAGAUCACUUUGACAGAACACCUGAGAUAAACAUCUAAAGGACAAAAGAGUUUGUUUUGGCUUCAUUGUUUCUGGGCCAUGACGAGACAGAACAUCAUGGCAGGGAACCUCUGGUGGAUAACAGUUACUUGCCCUAUGAUAGCCAGGAGUAGAGAAAGCAAGGAGGAAACAGAAUAAAUAUACCCUCCAGAAGCCAGCGACUUACUUCCUCCACCUAAGCCAUACUUUCCAACAGUCCAUUCAUCUGUAAACUCAUCAAUGAAAGAAGCAUCGAGCAACUAAGCACGCUUCGAUCCAAUCACCUCCCCAAAGCUUUGCCUCCGAAUAUUGCUGAGUGAAGGCCAAACCUUCAACACAUGAGUCUUUGGGGGAUACUUCAUAUUGAAAUCAAAAUUUUGCUUUGUCAAAGACCCUUUUAGAAUGAUGAAAAAUGAAAACUGGGGAAAAUAUUUGAAAAAGAACUGAUACCUAGAAAAUAUAAAGAACUCUCAAAUUAGAGAUGUAUCAAAGCUCACCUGCCAAGCAUGUACAAGGCUCCAUCCCCAGCACCGUGGAAGAGAAGGAAGGGUCAAAACUCAACUGUAAAAACUCACUAAUUAGAAAAUGGCCAGCCAGGUUUACAAAGUGAGUUCUAGGCUACACAAAGAAACCGUGUCAAGAAAAAAACAAACACCAACCAAAAGCUUAGUGGUGUAGGCCUUUAAACCCAACAUUUGGAGGCCCAGACACGCAAAUACUUUGUGAGUUUGAGGCCAGCCUGGCCUACAGAGUAAAUAGUAAAUUCCAGGACAGCCAGAGCUGUACAGAGAAACCCUAUCUCAAAAUUAAAAAAGAAAGAAAGAAAAAAGAAAGAAAAGAAAAUGGCCUGAAGUGAUGCAAUGAGCGCAGGUGUUCAUCGACAGAUGACUGGAUAAAGAAAAGAUGCCCUGUGGAAGUUUACUUCGCUAGAAAGAAUGAAAUACGUUGCUUACAGGAAAGUAGAUGGAACUAGAGAGCACUGUGUUAAGUGAAGUAAAUCCAUCUCAGAGGCAAGUAUCACAUGUUUUCUGACAUGCCUGGAAACUGGGUGGGGGGCAGAAGGGGGCGUGAAACUAGAAGGAAUGGGAAACUAAGGGUGGGAAGCACGAAGAGGAAGGAUUGAGGAGGAAUAGAGUGUGCCAGAUGUACUGGUGUAUUCCUGGAAUCCUAGCACUCAGGAGGUGCAGAAAUGUAGGCAGAUCUCUGAAAUGGAAACUUUUGAUUUAAAAAAAUAUAUAUAAGUUUACAGAUCUCUAAGAGUUCUAGGCCAGCCCCCUCUACACUGGGAGUUCUAAUCUAGCCAGGGCAACAUAAUUUGACCUUACUUAAAAAUUUAAAAACUGGCUUUCCUUUCCGCCGGGGCAGCCAUCUUCCAGUAACUCGCCAAAAUGACGAACACAAAAGGAAAGAGGAGGGGUACUCGGUAUAUGUUCUCUAGACCUUUUAGGAAACAUGGAGUCGUUCCUUUGGCCACAUACAUGCGAAUCUACAAGAAGGGUGAUAUUGUAGACAUCAAGGGAAUGGGCACUGUUCAAAAAGGAAUGCCCCAUAAGUGUUACCAUGGCAAAACCGGAAGAGUCUACAAUGUCACCCAGCAUGCCGUGGGCAUCAUUGUAAACAAGCAAGUUAAAGGCAAGAUUCUGGCCAAGAGGAUCAAUGUGCGGAUUGAGCACAUCAAGCACUCAAAGAGCAGAGACAGCUUCCUGAAGCGGGUGAAGGAGAACGAUCAGAAGAAAAAGGAAGCCAAAGAGAAGGGCACCUGGGUUCAGCUGAAGCGCCAGCCUGCGCCACCCAGAGAAGCCCACUUUGUGAGGACUAACGGAAAGGAGCCCGAGCUGCUGGAGCCCAUUCCAUACGAAUUCAUGGCCUAAUGUAUACAAAGGAAAUAAAGAACCUGAACUGCAAAAAAAAAAAAAAAAAAAAUUUAAAAACUGGACUGGAGAGAUGGCUCAGUGGUUAAGAGCACUGACUGCUCUUCCAGAGGUCCUGAGUUCAAAUCCCAGCAACCACAUGGUGCCUCACAACCAUCUGUAAUGGGAUCUGAUGCCCUCUUCUGGUGUGUCUGAAGACAGGGGCAGUGUACUCUCAUACAUACAAUAAAUAAAUCUUAAAAAAAAAGAAUUAUUUAAAAAUUUAAAAACUAUUCACAGCUGAGAAAUGCCAAAUGGCUGAGAAGCACCUAAAGAAAUGUUCAACAUCUUUAGUCAUAAGGGAAAUGCAAAUCAAAACAACCCUGAGAUUCCACCUCACACCAGU